AUGGGAGCUGACCUCAGCCAUGCCGACCACUCUCCCAGCCCCGACUCCAGGCUGCUGACUCCUUCCACGCUGAGACCAGCCACGGCCAGGACUCGCCCCAAAGGCCCGGCCGUGGGGAUCGACCUGGGCACCACAAAUUCCUGCGUGGCAGUCUGCCAGAGGGGGAGGGUAGAGAUCCUGGCCAAUGACCACAACGGCCGCACCACCCCCAGCUGCGUGGCUUUCACCAGCAGGGAGCGCCUGGUGGGGGAACCAGCAGAGCUCCAAGCCAGCCUGAACCCAGAAAACACCAUCUGUGGCGUGAAGCGGCUGAUGGGCCGCAGGUACGACGACCCCUUGGUGCAGCUGGACCUGAAGAACCGGCCGUACCACGUGGUGGAGGCGGGCAACGGCAAAGCAAAAGUCCAGGUGUCCCACGGAGGGGUGGAGAAGGUGCUCUACCCCGAGGAGAUCUCUGCCAUGGUGCUCUACAAGCUGAAGCGGGUAGCCGAGGCCUGCUUAGGCCGCCCGGUCACCCAGGCCGUCAUCACGGUCCCAGCUUACUUUGGUGAUGCCCAGCGCCAGGCCACCAUGGAUGCGGGGGCAAUUGCGGGGCUCAACGUCCUGAGCUUAGUCAGCGAGCCCACUGCAGCCGCUGUGGCUUAUGGGCUUAGGGAGACCCGCCAGUGCAAGGGAAGGAGAAACAUCCUCAUCUUUGAUCUGGGUGGGGGCACCUUUGAUGUCUCCAUCCUCACUGCCCAGGAUGGCAUCUUUGAAGUCGUGGCCACAGUGGGGGAUUCCCACUUGGGGGGAGAGGAUUUUGACCAAAGGUUGGCCAGCCACCUCGCCCAAGAGUUCACGAACAAGUAUCACGAGGAUCCCACCGAGAGCAGGAAGGCGAUGCAGAGAUUGAAGGUGGCCUGCAGGAAGGCCAAGCAUACCCUGAGUUCAAACAUGACAGCCACAGUCUCCAUUGACUCACUCUACAAGGGGAUUGACUUCCACACCACCGUCACCCGGGCCUUCUUUGAAGACCUGUGCUGUGACCUCUUUCACGCUACCAUGCUUCAGGUGGAGCAGGUGCUGGAGGAAGCAGGGGUCAAAAAGAGCCAGGUGCAUGAGAUUGGACUUGUGGGAGGCUCCACCCACAUCCCCAGGAUCCAGAGGCUUCUGUCAAAAUUCUUCGAUGGACAGAGGUUGUGCAAAGCCAUCAGCCCCGAGGAGGUGGUGGCGCACGGGGCCGCCAUCCAAGCUGCCGUCCUGACAGGCCACCGAUACCAAAACUUGCAGAACCUCCUCCUCUUGGAUGUGACCCCCGUCUCCUUGGGGCUGGAGACAGUAGGAGGCGUGAUGGAUGUGGUGGUCAAGCGUAACUCUCCCAUUCCCACGACAGAGAGCAGGAAUUUCUCCACCACGGAGGACAACCAGAGCAGCCUCUUCUUGCAGAUCUACGAAGGGGAGCGGAAGUUGACGAAGCACAACCGCCUCCUUGGCACCAUCACUCUGAGUGGCCUUCAACCAGCACCACGAUGCGUCCCCAUUAUUGCGGUCACCUUUCAGAUUGACCACAACAACAUACUCACUGUGUCAGCCACGGAAAGAAACACAGACAACAAAAAACAGCUCACCGUCCUCGACACCCGUGGCCGGCUGGAUCGAGAAGAGAUGGAGCGGAUCCUGCAGGAGGAGGAGGAGUGCCGAGCGCAGGACAAGCUGGAGGAGGAGAAGCUGGAAGCCCUCAACGCCUUGGAGACCAGCACCCUCCAGCUCAAGAGGGCGGCGGCGGAGAAGUCCCUGGAUGACCGGGCCAAACGGAGGGUGCUUGAAAUGUGUGAGGAGACGGCCGCGUGGGUGGAGGACAACCAGCUUGCUCCAAAGAAGGCGUAUGAGGAGCGGAGGAAGGAGUUGGAAGAGGUCUGCUGCACCAUCAUCACAAGGGCCAGCCAGCCGGGCUCUCCUGCCGGAGGAGGAGCCAAGCCAACCGGGAGGCGGAAGGCAGCCCAGGCGCCCCGCGUUUCCUUCCCCACCCAUCCACAACUCCCCACGGCUCCCCUCCUCCACCGAACAGGCUCCCUCCCAAAGAAGACAGGAUGGCGCAGAGGGGCCCGUAAGGUGACUCUCCGAGGAACGCCGUUUGAGAGCCAGCUGGUCUAG